AUGUCCAGCCCACCGCCGGUCGCCGAGGACCAAACCCGCCUCCUCGAGGAGGCCCUGGGAGUCGUGAGGCAACAGUCAGGCCUGAUGCGCAAAUGCUUAGAAACUCCUGGCAAGCUCAUGGACGCGCUGAAGUGCGGCCUUGGCCCAAAACAGUACUAUGAAUUGUACAUGGCGGUCUUCGAUGCGUUGCGACACCUCUCCGUCUACCUUAAGGAGAACCACCCGGUCAAUCACCUUGCGGACCUAUACGAACUUGUGCAAUAUGCUGGGAACAUCGUUCCACGCUUAUACUUGAUGAUCACUGUGGGGACGGUCUAUAUGUCAGUCCAGGAUGCGCCGGUCAAGGAGAUUAUGAAAGAUAUGAUGGAGAUGAGCCGGGGUGUGCAGCACCCGAUCCGUGGCCUCUUCCUGCGAUAUUACUUGUCCGGCCAGGCGAGAGACUACCUCCCCUCGGGCACCAGCGAUGGCCCGGAGGGCAAUCUGCAGGACUCGAUCAAUUUCGUCUUGACCAAUUUUGUGGAAAUGAAUAAGCUCUGGAGAGAACGCGAGCGCCGGAUACAAGAGAGACGCGAGCUGGAGUUGCUUGUGGGCAGCAAUGUUGUCCGUCUCAGCCAGUUGGUGGAUCUCGAAACGUACAAGACAGGCAUUCUACAAGCGCUUCUAGAACAGGUAGUGCAAUGCCGCGACGUUCUGGCGCAGGAAUAUCUUUUGGAAGUUAUUACUAAGGUGUUCCCAGAUGAAUUCCAUCUUCACACUCUUGAUCAGCUCUUGUCCGCCAUCGCCCGGCUCAACCCGCACGUUGAUCUUAAGAAAAUCGUCAUUGGAUUGAUGGACCGCUUGUCGACGUAUGCAACAAAGGAUUCCGAUACCAAUGCCCAGCCAGAUACGAGGAAGGAAAACGAAGAGGAAGCUGUUACCCGGUUGUUACAUAAACUGGAAAUCGAGAAGGAGACGAAGAAGACCGAAUCAGGCAAGACUGCUACCCCAGAACCCUCCACAGAGAAUGGCAUCGAGGCAACGAAUAAGUCAGAAGAGACACCAGAGCCAGCAAAGAAAGAAGAUGAAAGCAAGAACGAGACAGAAGAGAAGCCCGAGGUUCCUGCAGAAGUGAAAUUGUACGAUAUCUUCUACGAACAGGUUGUUAACCUGAUCAAGACGCGGGCAUUGCCCAUCCAAGAUACCAUGGCCCUCCUUGUGUCUCUUGUCAACUUGGCGCUCAACAUCUACCCAGGACAGUUAGAGUAUGUUGAUCAGGUCCUUGACUUUGCUACUCAAAAGACAGCCGAGUACACCGAUCACGCCGAUCUGCACUCAGCACCGACACAACAGCACAUACUUCACCUCCUUAACGCCCCACUCCGUGCCUAUGUCUCUAUCUUUACAGCCUUGGCUCUGCCACACUAUCUGCCGCUUUUGACAUCACAGUCGUAUCCCACCCGGAGAUCUAUCGCUGGCGAGAUCAUUCGGAGUCUCCUGAAGAACAAGAUCUUUAUCACAACUACCGAAAACCUCGAUCGUGUGCUGCAAGUCUCAAGAGUAUUGAUUAAAGAGGGCAUGCAGCAAUCUGCAGGAUAUCCCGGAGCACAGGCCCAACGCCGUGGAGGAGAAACGGAUGAGACAGUCGAGGAGCAAGGCUGGCUUGCAAGAUUGGUACACUUGAUCCAAGCACCGGAGAACGAUACCCAACUCAAGCUUCUUCAAGCCACGCGUAAAGCAUAUGGCGAUGGCAAUGAGCGCAUUCGAUACACUACACCCGCCAUUGUUACAGCCUCUAUCCGCCUUGCUCGCAAACUGAAGUCUCGUGAACACUACGACGAUAACUGGCAAUCGCAGUCCUCCGUUCUCUAUCGGUUCAUGCACCAAUGCGUUAAUAACCUCUACCAGCGGGUGAACCCAGGCUGUGCAGACCUGGCUCUCCGGUUGUUCGUGAUGUGUGGUGAAGUUGCCGACCAAACAGGCUUUGAGGAGGUCAGCUACGAGUUCUUCGCUCAAGCUUUCACCAUCUAUGAGGACUCCAUCAGCGACUCUCGUGCCCAAUUCCAGGCUGUCUGUGUUGUGGCCGGUGCUUUGCAAGGCACUCGUGGUUUCUGCAAAGAGAAUUACGAUACUCUAAUCACCAAGACCGCUCUACACGGAAGCAAGCUGCUCAAGAAGCCUGACCAAUGUCGGGCAGUCUAUCUUGCAAGCCACCUUUGGUGGGUGGUCGAGAAUCCCCAGCGUGAGGAAGAGGAACCUAAGGACGUAAGUGAUCGACCGUUCACCACUGGCUCAUCUUUGGUUAUGAUGCUUACACUACAACAGCUCUAUCGCGAUGGGAAGCGUGUUUUGGAGUGCCUCCAACGAGCCCUUCGUGUCGCCGAUGCCUGCAUGGACAACGCUGUCUCCGUCGAGCUAUUCGUCGAGAUUCUCAACCGCUACGUCUACUACUUUGACCAACAAAAUGAGAACGUCACCACAAAGUACCUCAAUGGUCUCAUUGAGCUUAUCCACUCCAAUCUGCAAACCAGCGAAGAUGAUCCUAAUCCUAAUCUCGAGGGCCCCAAGCGUCAUUUUGAGCGUACGCUGGCAUACAUCCGCUCUAGAGAUUACGAAGGUAUCGUCACAGAACGGCAAUAA